AUGGUGGGGCUCCAAGCCAUCAAAUAUGAGAAGGGCAAACUACAAGUCCUAGAUCAGCUCAAGCUCCCCCACGAGUUUGUCUACGACGAUGUGUCGACGUGCGAGGAGGCAUUUGAUUGCAUCAAGGCAAUGCGUAUGAUGAAACCAGGUGCCCCAGCCAUUGCCAUCGUAGCUGCGCUUGCGUUGGCUGUGGAAUUAGAGCAUAAGAAAGACGCCACUGAGCAGAAACUUGAGACUGUCAAGUACAUAAAUUCCCGACUGGACUACCUCAUGGGAAGUCGACCCACUGCUGUUGAUCUAUCCAACGCUAUUAAGCUUCUCAAAAAGAAGACUCAAGAAGCUGCCGCAUCAUCUACUACUCCUGACCAGACCCUUGCGUGCUCUCAUGUUCGCCAAGCGUAUAUAGAGGUUGCGGAGAAGAUAUUGGAAGAUGAUCAUGCUACGAACUUGGCCAUUGGAAGAUAUGGAGCCGAGUAUCUUAGAUGGCAGCAGAUGCCAAUUUUAACACCCGUUAACGAGGACGACGAGUUGAGAUAUUUCACUACCAGUCCACCGGGUACGCAGGGGGCUCCUGAUAGGACUUACAGGAAGCUCAGUGUCCUAACACAUUGCAAUACUGGAUCCCUCGCAACAUCUGGCCACGGAACUGCCCUUGGAAUAAUCCGCAGCCUCCACAGGAUGAAUUAUCUCGAGCAUGCUUACUGCACCGAGACUAGGCCCUACAAUCAGGGCUCCCGCCUCACAGCCUUUGAACUAGUCUACGAGAAUAUCCCCUCAACAUUGAUCACCGAUUCCAUGGCCGGAGCUCUCUUUGCCCGGAAAAAGGAAGAAAUGAACAUAUCAGCUGUCAUCGUCGGCGCCGACAGAGUUGCUCGCAAUGGUGACACAGCCAACAAGAUUGGCACAUACACUCUUGCCGUCCUAGCACGAGCUCACGGUAUUAAAUUCGUAGUCGCCGCACCAACAACAAGUAUUGAUCUCGAGACGGAAUCCGGAGCUUCUAUCAAAAUCGAGGAUCGAGCUAAGAGUGAGUUGACGCAAAUCAGCGGCGCUGUAGUGGAUAAAGAUGGAAAGGUCGAUGUCAAUCACACUGCUCGGGUCGCGAUUGCGGAUCAGCGGAUUGAUGUAUGGAAUCCAUCUUUUGAUGUGACGCCCCAUUCCCUAAUCGAUGCGAUCAUCACCGAGAAGGGAGAAGUAGUGCGGAGUUCGAAGGGCACGUUCGAUUUUAAGGGGAUCAUGCCAGAAAGGUGGGCAGCUCAGGUUGACGGAGGUGAAGAAAGUAAAGAGGCAAACGGUGAUAUUGUUCCGACGUCAGUGAGCGAGGAAAGCACGCAGUUCCAGAUGGAACAUAUCUAG